AUAUUUAUGAAACGGAUGUUUGCAGAUAGCAGCUUAUGGGCUGGAAGGAAGAAGUACAGUAUUGCCACAUCUACUACAAACCCCAAACUCUGCACAGUUUGAUAUGGUUCUAGAUCAAUUGGUACUGAACCUCAACACUACUGAUGAUGAAAUACUAAUGGAAGUAAAGGAAACAACAGACAUCAGUGGCUUUAAGAAAGCUCGUUGGGCGAUGGACCUCAUUAUCUUUUCAUCUGAGCCGUUGAACGAAGAAGAAAAGGGUAUUGAAUUCUCCACAGAAAAGUCUCUGGAUGAUGAAAACACACCUGGAGUUUUUCAUCUGGACCAGAUAACCACAAAAUUGGCACGAACAACUAAGCAGGGAGGUUACAUGCAGUGGCGGCCUGUGAGUUACCUUAGUUCAGACCGGGAUAUUAACUUGUCCACUGACCCAAACAUUGAUGGCAACUUUACUUCACUGACGGAAAUCUCUAUUGCCCUGGAAGAGUCUUUGGCCUAUGCAGUGUUUGGGGAUAAAUUGGAAUCAGCAAUGACUGCCCAGACAAAAGUUUCUUUUGGCCAGAAGAAGGACAAAUUUUAUGCUGCAAAUAACUACACCACAUGGUAAGAAAGUUAUAAUUUGUUUGUUAAAA